AAGGAAGAUGACUGGAUAAGUGUUUCUGAGCUUAAGAAAUAUUUUUUUUUCCAGUUUCAAGAGGUUCAAGAUCUUCUCAAGCAAAAAGAAAGUGAAGAAGAGAGUAGAAAAAGAAGAAUCGUGGACCUUAGGAGACAAGUGGAGGCUUUAGAAGAGGAGCUUCAGACAUCUGUAGAAACGGCCAAUAUUCAGGUCCAGUUGGAGGAGGUGACCAAUGAGAUGAGGAGAACAAACCAGAGAAUGACCGUGCUAACACAGGAUGGUGACCGAGUCCGGCGAGAAAUCGAGGGCCUCAAAAGACAAGUGGACGGUUUCCAACAAGAACUCAAGGAAAUUCAGAAUAUUGAGAACCGCAAGCUUGAAAUGUUGAGGAAUAGACACAAACCAACUUACGAUGCUGUCAUGUGGUAUAAGGACAAUCGGGACAAAUUCCAGGGGCAAGUCCAUCUGCCUCUGUUGCUCUCGGUAAAUCCAACGUCUCCCGCAGUAGCCAAGUUCAUCGAGAUGCACAUCAGCGCCAACGACAUGAGGGCGUUUAUUUUCGAGAACACGGAGGAUUACAAUGUGUUUAUGAGGGAGGUCCGAGACAAGCAGAACCUGAGGGUGAACGCCUUGAAAGUGCCGCCCCAGCAACUGGCAGCCUUCAACGCCAGACACAAUAUCUCUCGUUAUAGUCAGUUUGGCUUUGUGAACUACCUGACGGAUUACAUUGUGUGUGCGGAUGGAGUAAGACGCUAUCUCUGUGCUCAGUAUCACAUCCACAACAUCCCGGUCGGAACCCGACGCACCAAAGAUCUGGUGCAGGACAUCAAAAGAAAAUGUCCGGAGCUGAGGACCUUCUACACUGACGAGUACCAGUACACUUGUCGAGUAUCCAAGUAUGACAAAUCUGUGUCUUCCAGAAGCACCAAAAUCAGGGACCCCCAGUGGAUGUCUGCUUCAGUGGACGCCUCCAGAAUCCAGGAACUCAACAACGAGAUCAGGAGUUGUCAAGAACAGAGGAGAGAGAAGGAGGCUGCCUACACAAGGUUACAGCAGGAAUCACAGGAGCUGGACACCAAGAUGAACAAACUCCGAGAACAGAAGAAAAAUCUUUCCCAGUUAAAGGACAAGAAGAAAAGGCUACAAUCUCAAAUUGACUCCAAGAAACAAAGAAUACAAAAUGAGGAGGCCGAGGCAAUAGACUUGGAUGCUGAGAAAGAGGCCACAGACAAGAAAAAGAAGGAGCUGAAUGUUAAAAUGUGUGUCUGUCUGCAGAAAAUGAAGGAUAACACAAAGGAAUGUUUGAGUCUCAGUAUAAGUAAAGUCCGGUUAAGUCUGAAGCAUGCUUCCAUUGUACGAGACCUUCAGAGCUUGGAGGAUGCCAAGAGAGAACAGUCCCAUUCCUUACAAGACCUGGAGAGGGAGUUUGAGGAAGCUAAAGAGAGAGUGAGAGAAAUUAAAGACAAGGCCAAAAGAUUGUUAUCUAUAGCCAAGAAAGCCACAGGGACAGCGGAUAAUGAGGAGUUAUCUCAGGAAAUCAGGGCGUUAUUUAAGAACGUAAUUGGUAAUACAGUGGAAGAGAUUGAUGAGGAGAUACACUUACAAGAGGCCAGGGCAGACUCACUGUAUCAAACUGACGAAAGGGUUGUGCAAGAAUACCGCACCCGCAAGACUGAGAUCAACCAAUUAGAAACAGAGAUAGAAAAUCGUGAAAGAGAAAUUAGCGGCCAUCAGGAGAGGAUUGAGGAGAUCAAGAGACAGUGGCUGGAGCCUCUACGAGAACUGAUGGAAAAAAUCAACGAGAACUUCGGAUACUUCUUCUCCUGCAUGAACUGUGCUGGGGAGGUGGAUCUCAGUGUUCCCGCUAACGAGGAGGAUUAUGAGAAGUAUGGGGUGAGGAUCAAGGUGAAAUACCGCGACGCGGAGCAGCUGAGGGAGCUGAACAUGCACCACCAGAGUGGUGGGGAGCGGAGCGUGGCUACCGUCCUGUAUUUACUGGCCCUCCAGGAGCUGGCCAAGUGUCCGUUCAGGUGUGUCGACGAAAUCAAUCAGGGUAUGGACCCAGUUAAUGAAAGGAAAGUCUUUGAGUUGGUGGUAAAAACAGUCUGCCAGAGAUCCAGGUCCCAGUAUUUCCUUCUUAGCCCCAAG